UGAUGACUGUAUCCUCUGUCUACCACACUCUUCAGAGAACACCGUUCCCUCUAGACCUAGAAGCUGAUGAUUAAUGGGAAACACAUUGUCAUUAAUGGAGAACCUUGAAGAAUAAGUGGUAAACCCAGUCACGCUUUUCAUUCCAGAACUCUGGGAUACAGAGGAAGAGGAAGGCAGAUCUCUUCAGAACAAGACCAAACUGGGCUAAAGAGUGAAUUCUAGGACAGCCAGGAGUACUACACAAAGGAACCUUAUCUGGAAAAACAAACAGCUCUGCCGGUCAGCACUGUCUGUGAGGGUGGACAUAGUCUACUUCUGUGCUACACACACAGUAGUCACAGACCCCGCCUGCUGACUGCACCCUGUCAGAGCACAGCUACAGGACUGAAAAGAGAGAAGUCACUUGUGUCCUCCUCUCACUCAAGAUGAAACUCCUUCUGCUGGUCACUCUGCUCACAGCAGGCGCUACUGCACACAGCAUCAGCCAUCAGACUGCUCAGAGGUUUGGAACUGCCUUUGACUGUUACUCCAAGAGUAAUAUCUCUACGAUGAACAUUCAUCCAUGGCCAGUGUCCAAAAUAUUUGGCUUCAUGUGUCACACCCCCAACUUCAGCCCCCAUGUGGAUGAUAUAGCCAGGUGCUGUGAGAGACAUGACAGGUGCUACGAAGAGGCAAAGAAGCUUGGAGGCUGUACAAUUUCCGAAGACAACCGCUACGACAUCCCCUAUUAUUACUCCUGCUCUGGGAGGGAGCUCAUCUGCAGUGUUGAAAACAAUGCCUGUGAGGCCGCCAUCUGCAACUGUGACCGCCAGGCUGCCAUCUGCAUCUUCUGGGAAGUUUCUGACACAAUUUUCAAAGACAACGGGUUCAAUACCUUCUGUUAGACUUGUCGCCACAUUUCCUGCCUACACCUCUACUGCCAAAUGGCUGUGUUUACUACA